CGGACGCAGUUCAGCGAGUGAAGUGUGUUUACAUUUCCGUUCCUUCGUCAUUCACCAUUUUUCUGCUUAAUUUUUCUCCAUAAAUAGGAGUCUGGAGGAGGAAUCAGACGAUUCACCUCUUCCUGUUAAAGUCAGAAGCUAUCAAUCAAAAUAAGGAGGACGAAGAGAUAAAUACACAAGAGAAUAUUCACUCGUUCACGCCAGGCACCAGAAUAGGAGUAGACAUUAGAAAAGAAGACUUCUUAUUUGUGUUCAGAGCGCCCAUUUGCUAACUCAAAAUGUCUGAACGUAAGGUAUUGAACAAGUAUUACCCACCAGAUUUCGACCCGUCUAAGAUCCCGAGAGCAAGAUGCCCGAGAAACCGUCAGUUCACAGUCAGGUUGAUGGUUCCUUGCAAUAUCAAGUGUUACACCUGUGGAGAGUACAUUGCCAAGGGAAAGAAAUUUAAUGCACGUAAGGAGGAUGUGGAGAAUAUGACAUACUUGGGGGUGAGGAUUUAUCGCUUCUAUAUCAAGUGUCCGGGAUGCCUGGCAGAGAUCUCCUUCCGCACAGAUCCAGAGAGUGUCGAUUACGUCAUCGAGGCUGGGGCACACAGGAACUUCCAGGCUCUGAAAUUGGCAGAAGAGCAAGCAGCACGAGAGGAGAGGGAGGCCAAGGAGGAGAUUGAGUCCAACCCAAUGUUGCUUCUGGAGAAUAGAACACAACAGUCACAGUAUGAAAUGGAGGUCCUGGAAUCCCUGGAGGAUCUGCGGGAGAUGAAUGAACGGCAUGCCAGCAUUGACCUAAGCAAGAUGACAGACAAGUUUGAAUCUGAGAGGAAGUUAACGCAGGAACAGAUCGAGGAGGCAGAGCGCUUGGAGGCAUUGAAAGUGCUUGGCUAUGAGAUGGUAGAUGGAGAGAUGAUCAAGAGAGUUGCACAAGAGGACCUAGAUGAGGAAAAGCCGCUGACAAAGAAGAUCAAGGUUGAGGGUUCACUUCCCUCAGAUAUUCUUACAAGUGACUCUGGGAAAGCCCCAAAGCAGCAUAACAUGAAAUCUAAACUUGCUGGUUUGAUAAAGAGUAAGCCAGCAAAACCAAGUACUGAUAAGUCUGAAAAUGGUAAGGAAUCAAAAACACAAGACACAUCAAAUGAUAAACCAGAAAAUGGUAAAGAGUCCGAUGGGCAAGACAUCUUGAAGGAAAAUAGGUCAACAGCAGACUCCAAGGAUGCUCCCAAGAAGUCUAAUGAGUCGUCCAGCUCAAUCACUCCUGUUUCCUCUUCGUCAAAAAUGAGUAAUGCCUUGGCCUUUUUGGGUGCAUACUCAGACUCGGAAUCAGGAGAGGAGAGUAAUUAGGGCCCAUGUAGCUGUUGUUUUUGAUAUUUGGUCUUAAAUGUAGAUAUAAAGUGAAUUAUUUAUAUCUCUUAUUGUGUCAUAGUCAUAUGCAAUGUAUAAUUGAUAUUUCCGAUAUUGAGAAUUUAAUUUGUUUCCAAUAUACCCCAAAAAUAGUUCAUGGAUUGGCACUUAUGGGAAAUUGGUCUAUCAGCAUUAUCUGUGAUAUAGAUUAAGUUCAAGGUUUCCAUUUCUACCUCAGUAUGCUAUUGAUGCAAUAUGAAAUUCUAGCUUCUGGCUGUUGGUAGGACAAGUUAAUGAGAUUUAAGGGUAAAAAUGUGUAUUUUUGAGUUGAUUAUCGAUUUACUAUGGUAAAUACAAAAAUAUAUAUAUAUAAUUUUGGCAGACCAGCUUCCCAUUAACACCAAAUUUUUGUUUUAUUCCUCUAAAUAUAUUCAAUGUAUAUUUUUAUAGAAGGAUUCUGAGUUAAUGUAUUUGUAUGAGUAUGAGCACAGUAUUUAAAUGGUCAACAAGAAGUUGUAUAUCCACUGAAAACUCAUGUACAAAACAUUUUAUAAAUGAAAAUGUUCAAAGCAAG